AGAGGGACCCUUAACCCGCUGUUCCCCGGACCGAAGUGUGUGUGGACGCCGGCGGGCUGGCGCUUUUCAGGAUUUUGGGGGGCACGGUUGGCACUCCGAUGCGUACGAGCCCCCUCCUCGUACCAUCAUCGAGGUUCAGCAACCCAUGCCGUCCCCUCCUAUUAUUAUUAUCGAUCUUUCCCGCUGCCGGGCCGCUGCCGAUCUUUCAGGGGGGGCGGAUGGGGGCGGCAACGUCCAACUACAGUACAUAUCAACGCCGAUUUUGGCAGCUUGCAUCACCCGCCGCAGGCAGGGCAGGACAGGGGGGAGGAGGAGGAGGAGGAGGCGCAGAGGCCACAGGCGGCGGCUGCUGGGGAGGCUUGGGCCUGGAUGGACGAAGUGGUGCGCAGGUAAUAACAAACAGGCGUGCGUGUGCUGCAGGAAGCGCAUCACUUUUGCGCUUUGACGCGACCCUCCGGAAUAAGUGCCGAGAAUUAGGGGUCCUUUUGGUGAGAGAGAGAUGGGGAGGGGGGGGGGGCGUUUGUUGUGUGAAGUACGGUAGUUCCUUUUCCCCCGCGUGUCAAACAAAUGUGCCUACUCGAGGUAGUAUUGAUUUUUUAGCGUUGCUGAAACAUCACUGCUGGCGGCUAUGUAUUUACUAGCUUACUGCUGGCUGUGGUUGAUAAUGGUUGAUAAUGACCCUUGGAGAAGGGCACGGAUGUUGGGGCGUGCUGUGGUUCA